CUAUUUAGUUUGAAGGCAGCAGUUCUUCUUUCGUACUUCCUCCGAGCAGCUCGCCUGUACAGCCAUUUUGAUUUGCGACCGCAUCGCUGGAGCGAACCCGUCAGGCAAAGGUGUAAAUCGUGAAAGGAGCAAUGUGGGACCAGGGAGGACAGCCCUGGCCGCAAUGGCCUCUUAGCCAGCAGCAGUGGAUGCAGUCUUUUCAGCAUCAGCAUGAUCCAGGUCAAGUGGACUGGGCGGCCCUGGCACAGGCAUGGAUAGCCCAAAAAGAGUCUACAGGAGGAGAGCAGCAGAACAUCCAGCCCAAUGGUCAGGAAAUCCCAGGCCUUGAAUCUGUUGGACAGAAUAAUCACAGCAACUUUCAGGGUGACCCAGCAUUUGGCAGAAUGUGGCAACCAGAAUGGGGAAUGCAUGGCCAGCCCCCUCCUCCUCCACCCCCUGAACAGGCCUGGAUCCCUCCAGGGUCAGGACCAAUGGAUGUGGUGAACCCCAGCGAGGACAGCAACAGCCAGGACAGCGUGGAAUUCAACUCUGAAGCCCACCAUGGGGUUUACCCCCAGAACAGCCAUGGGUAUGGGGCACAGCCCGACAGCUACGCCAUGGCCCCCAUGGCCAUGAACCAGUUUGAUUAUCAGCAUGGAGCUGCCUCAUCCUUUGCGCCGACACCAGCAGGCUUCCACUCCCCAUACUGGCAGGGUCCUCCUCAGAACAGACGAGAUGCCAGACCGCCUGGGUUUCGAGACAGGCCAAGAUCCCCUAUCCAGCUCCCUGUCAAACCUGAGGCCCCAGCAGCACCAUUAGAUGCUGUAAAGAGACGCACACUACCUGCAUGGAUCAGAGAAGGUCUUGAAAAGAUGGACAGGGAGAAGCAAAAGAAGCUGGAGCGCGAGCGGAUGGAGAAGGAGCGUGCAGAAAUGGCAAAAGACGACGUUAAAGGCCAUGAGCCCGAUGAGGGGGGUGAUGGCCCACGUCUGCCCCGCAAGAGUAAAUUUGACAGUGAUGAUGAGGGCAAUGAUGAUAAUGACAACGAAGAAAAGAUUUCACUAAAGAAAGAAUUUUCUGCGCGGAGUCCCUCGCCCCCUGCAGAAGACAGUGAACCUGAAAUGACUGAGGAGGAAAAGGAAUUCCAGCUGAUGGUGAUGACAAAAACACUCCUGACAGAGAUCCUUCUCGAGGUCACAAAUGAAGAGAUCCUGCAUGUGGCUAGAGAUACUCACAGGAAAGCCACUCGAGCUCCUGCAAAACAGCUGGCACAGUCAAGUGCACUGGCUUCUCUGACCGGUCUCAGCGGGCUCGGUGACUAUGGUUCAGAUGAGAGCGAGGAUGAGGAUGGCCGUAGCGUCCGAGGAUCCGAAUCCUCAGACACAGAUGAGGAAGAAUUACGUCACCGCAUCCGGGAGAAGCAGGACGCAUUCCGCCGCAAAGAGCGGGAGAUGCAGCUGCUGCAAGACAAACAAGCUCAGGAGGCGCUGCUAGCACGCGAAGAGAUGGCAAAGGAGAGAUUAAGUAAAGAAAGGGGGGAAUAUGAUGAGAUUCAGUCAGAAUAUCCACACAAACAGGACAUGAAAGAGAGGGAGGCAGAGCCCUUGGCAGACAGGCGCAGGUCCCGUAGUGAGAGGGAGGGUAGUGAGGUAAAGCAUUCAGGCAGAGGGAAGGAACGAUCAGGGAGAGGCGGCAGCGAUUCUCCCGCCAAUGGUCACAGCAGCAGCUCCCGCUCCACCUCCAGCCACAGCAGCAGUCGAUCUUCCUCCUCCUCAUCUUCUUCCUCAGCAUCUUCCCGUAGCUCCUCUCGAUCUUCCUCCCCGCGAAGGAAAAGGAGACGUAGUCGCUCCUCAUCCCACAAAACCCGGCGCCGCAGCCGCAGCCACAGCUCACACAGGCAUCGUAGUGAUCGCAGUGAGAAGGGCAGGGACAGGAGGAGGAGCAGUGCAGAGCGAUCAGGCCGCCACAAGAAAGAUCGCAGUGAUUCCAGGGAGCGCAGGAGUCGCAGGAGUAGAUCUAGGUCCAGAGACAGAGCCAGAGAGAGGGCCAGAGGAAGUCGCAGUUGCAGCAGAGACAGGGAGAGGGAUAGAGAGAGGAAAAGGAGCCGGGAACGCAGGGACAGCAGUCAUAGUCGCAGCAGCAAACAUAAACAAAAGGCCUCUAGCAAAGACAGAGAGAGGAGGAGGGAAAGGAGUCGUAGCCAUGAGAAAGACAAGAAAAAGAAGGAUAAAGAUAGAGACAAAGAGGUGGAUAAAAAGAAGGAAAAGCCAAAGACCAAAGAGAGGGAAAAGGAGAAGGAAAAGGGGAGCUCUGUAGUUAGUGAAGAGAAUGGCAAAUCGAAGAAAAGGAAAGAGAGCGAGGUAGGAACCGAUUCUCAAACUGACAAGCACUCGCGACAUGAUAGUAAAGCCAGCAAGAAGGGCUCGGCCAAAGCUAGCAAGAGGCACUCAGACUCUGACUCAAGUAGAUCCCCCUCCCCUGAAGUUAGCAAGGAAAAGAAAUAUAAGAAAUCCAAACGUAGUCGCUCAAGAUCGACGGAAAAAUCUCACAAGUCUGGUAAGAAGGCAAGCCGCAAACACAAGUCUAAGUCGCGAUCAAGGUCGACGUCUCCCUCCCGUCGUAGCAGACGCUGAGGAGCACAGUCACUGUCCUGAUCUGUGCACUUUGCCAUUUUAAAUUCCAUGAGUUGAACAGGCUUGUCUCAUUAUAGAGGCAGUUGUGUAGGUGAAAACCCCCUCAUACAUUUCUUUUACUGUAAAUAUGUUCUUUUUAAAGUGUGCCUGAAGAACAAGUUUGAAUGGUAGGAGUUUCCAUUAUCAUGCACAGUUUAAUUACACACUAAAAAACUCAAGUGAAACUGUGUAUAUUUUAAAAAAAAGAUUAACUUUUUCUCCAGUUAUUGUAAGAUGUCUAAUAAACUGUUCCUUGUCUUGCCUCACUA